AUGCCGGGGCCGCCUGUUGAAAGCGUCAAGAAGCUGGACCAGAUUGUUCAGAACUUCUUCAAUAAGGUUGCUGUACUGGUGCUGGAUUCAAGGAUCAAGACAAAGCCGACAAGGACUGCGAAUGGCGUCAAGAAGCCUAACAAAUGGUUCCAACUCGAAACAGACGAGAUUGACGAUUUCCGGGACGAGCUCAAAACAUGGAAGCUGAGCGGGAGCAUCGACAGCAGGCCACCUCCUCUAAUAAUCGAAGUGUACCUCGACACAUCGCGGCUGGAGAGCAGUCAGAGCCUGACCAUUGUGGAUGAAGAGGGAAAGAGAUGGGAUGUCAUGGAGCAGCUCAGCGAGGUGAGCGCAAACGGCACCACAACAAGGAACACGCAGGUCAUCCUCGAGCGGUGGAAGGUGGAGCUCAGGGCGACAGACAACCCACCGUCGGAUGACUUUGGUCCAUCGCUGCCGACCAUCUACAAGAAAGCGAUCGUCUUCUUCCGAUCCUUCUUUGCGGCUUCGAGACUACUACCAGCAUGGCGCUUUGCCAGCCAGGGCGCAGCCCGCAAUCCGCAUCCAGCAUUGAUCCCGCGUUGUCGCCGGCCAUCCGUGUCUUUCCAGCCUUUCAAGGCAGGGUCGCUGUCGGGGUCUCCUAUCCCCCGUACCACAGAGUCUGAUACCUCAAACUCACCAAGCUCAUAUCAAAAGCCGCCAUCGUUGUCGCAGCCGCGAAGUAGAACUUCUUUGACUGCGGGCAAUCCUGCUUCAUUGAGGGGCGGGCCGCCGACUCCUCAACCUGCCGAGCCUGCCGGUGGGAGCUCGCCUAGGCCCAGCUCGACGAGUCGCUACAGCAGCAGCUUCACCCACCGACGCGGUCGGCUGUCCGUCGGCGGAGCGAGUAGGACCGCAGACGACGAGCAGAACAGCAGUGGCAGGCAGAGUCUGGCAUCCUCACUCGCCCAACCCGGCUCGGGACUUUUGGCUGAGCCUGGCGCGAGCUCUGGCUCCUUGGGCGCCGAGGAAGAUAACAUCUCCGAGUUCCUCAAGGCGCUUGACAGCAAGAAGACACUCAAGAGUUUCGACUCGCCCAAACGCGGCGAGUCUGCCACGAACAAGACGGUGGCUCAACUGUCAAAGUUCCACAUGAUGAGAGAAUCCAACAACGCUCUGACCGAGUCCAUGACCUCGUCGGUCCAGAUGCAGAGGUCUCUGAGCUCCUCGAGCCGCCACAUGACGAGUAAUCCCGGCAUGGUCGCUGGUUCCAUCUCAGCGUCCUCUUCCCCCAGCAAGCCGCACUCUCCGCAUACGCCACACACGCCCGCCAUCCCAUCGCGACUCAGCGAGAACUCGCUCAUAGAUGACUCGUCGACCUCGAGGAGGGUGUCGUCUCGACGACCAGCCGCACCAGAGUCAACAGUACCUGAGUCGAGUCGGGAGAACACCAUCACCGGGGAGGGCACUACUGCUAUUGACAUUCCGCUAUCGCCGCGCUUGGGCUCUUACCAGCGACGUUCCAGCUCAGUUGCCCAGCAAAGCCGAGCAGUCAUGGACGAUGACACAGCUGAUCUUCCUUUUGCAACCAACCGUAGCAUCAGUCUAGGGGCCGACGACCGAGAUCCGCCCACUAUCAGUGGCCUGCUUGGCCGGCGGAUGGACCAAGAGGCCGAGCAACAAGCUUUGCAGCCUGCUGCCGACAUUCGCACGACCGAAACGUCUAAUAUCCUCAACCGACAAGAUUCGAACGAGGACAACAACCCGCCGGACGCUUUCCUAUCGGGGCUGCCCAACUCCCCGUAUGGCCGCAAGCGAUACAUGGGCAUGAGUGCGCAGAGGAAUCGCCAGACCCCUCCACAGUCAUCCCGUGGCAGUUUCACGGGUUCUGGCAGCAGGCCCGGGCGAGAAGAUGCUGAGUCCCUCAGUGGAGAGCCGCUGAUGUUCGACUUGUCCGAAAUGGACCCUCAGGGGCGAAGAAGUCUGGAAGCAGACAGGGGAGGCAAUUCGCGGAGGAUGUGGUAA